AUGAAUUGGCACAAGAUAUUGGAACCGAUUUUAUGGGCCUGUCGAACUUCCCCUAAAGAGGCCACAAAUGCUACGCCAUUUCGAUUGGCUUGUGAGCAUGAUGCAGUGCUACCAGUCGAAAUCUAUCUCCAAUUAACUAGAAUCCAAAAGAAAAACGAAAUCCCAUCUGAAGCCUAUUGGAACAUGAAGUUGGAUGAACUAGUUGAUUUAGACGAAGAAAGGUUGAAUACCUUAGAAUUAUUGGAAAGGCAGAAAAAUAGGGUAGAAAAAUCAUACAACAAAAAGGUUAAGGUCAAAUCAUUUUCGACUGGAGACUUAGUGUGGAAAUUUAUUCUACCUAUGGAUGGAAAGGAUGAGGCAUUGGGUAAAUGGUCCCCAAAGUAG